AUGGAGCCAUCUCUGCUGCAGGAGGAAAGCCCGGCUGAGACUCUGCAGAGCACUGAAGGGGUUCAACGUCCAGUCAUGGAGGAAGCCCCAGGCCAGCCUCCAGAGCCCCCUGAGGACACAGAACCUUCUUCAUGGCAGCAGGAGACCCCAGGUCAGAGUGCAGGGCAUGCUGAAGAAGGUGAGCCUCCACCAGUGUAUCCUGAGAGCCCAGCUCAGCCUCUGAAACCCCUGAAGGAGGAAGAACCUUUUUCAACCCAGCAGGAGACCCCAGCUGCUCACCCAGCGCCCUUUGAGAUGGAAGAACCUUCAGUCCAGCAUGAAGCCCCAAAACAGCCCCCCAAGGCCCCUACAGGAAAGGGAGAGCCUUCUGUGCAGCAGGAGACCCCAGGUCAGAGUGCAGAGGCACCUGAAGGGAGUGAAGAUUCUCCAGCCCAGCAGGAGGCCCAGACUCAUUCUUUACAGCUGACUAAGAUGGCUACAACUCAACGUUUAGCCCACCAUGAGGGGCAGAAUCAAAGUCAUCAUUUAGCUGUGCCCAAUGUCACAGUUAAACCCACGGAUGUGGACCUCACCCUCACUCCAGAGACUAUGAAGGAGUUUCAGUUGUGUCCAACACAGCUGGAAGCACCAACACAGCUGCUAAAACCUCAGCAGGAGGUGAAACCUCCAACCCAACAGGGGACAACGGCCCCUCCUCCAACAUAUUCCGAAGAGAUUGAACAUUUCCCAGUGUACCAGGCUGCCCCAGUUCAGCCCCCACCACCUCUCCAGGAAGUUGAACCUUCUCCAGUGCAGGAGGAAGCCCCCCCACGGCCUUCACAGCCCCCCUAUGAGGUUGAGCCUUCUCUAACCCAGCAGGAGGGCCCAGCUCUGCCUCCAGAGCUCUCUGAGGAAGUGGGACCUUCUCCAGGCCCGCAGGUGGCCCCAGUUCCACCUGUGGAGGAGCACCCAGAGGAGGCUGAGCUUUCUCCAGCCCAGGAGGAAGCCCCCGGUCAGCUUCUAACAGCUCCGCAGAAGGCUGAACCUUCUCCUCCAGCUCAGCUCCCAGCACUUCCCCAGAAGGCUGAAUCUUCUCCUCCAUUUCAGCUUCCAGCACUUCCCCAGGAGGCCGAACCUUCUCCUCCAGCUCAGCCUCUAAAACCUCCCCAGGAACCUGAACCUUCUCCAGUCCAGGAGGAAGUCCCGGGUCAGCCUCCAACACCUCCCCAGGAGGCUGAACCUUCUCCUCCAGGUCAGCCUCCAAUACUUCCCCAGGAGGCUGAACCAUCUCCAGUCCAUGAGGAAGCUCCAGAUUGGUUUCCAGAACCUCCCCAAGAGGCUGAGCCUCCUCCAGUCCAGGAGGAAGCCCCACCACAGUUUCCACAGCCUCCCUAUGAGGUUGAGCCUUCUCUAACCCAGCAGGAGGGCCCAGCUCUGCCUCCAGAGCUCUCUGAGGAAGUGGGACCUUCUCCAGGCCCACAGGAGGCACCAGUUCCACCUGUGGAGGAGCACCCAGAGGAGGCUGAACCUUCUUCAGUCCAGGAGGAAGCCCCAGUCCCACAGAAGACUGCAGCUCCUCCAAAGUCCCCUGAGGUGAUGCUUCUACAUCCAGACCAGGUUCAAGCUCAGCAGCCAAAAUUGACUGAAGUCACAAUUCAGCCACCAGUUGUGGAGAUUACUGUAACUCCAGAACCCAAUUCAGAGGUUGUGCCUACUCCACCCAAGCAGGAAACUCCAACUUUGCCUUCAGAGCAUCCUAAGGGGGUUGUAGUUCAAGGUGCAGCACAUCAUGAGGUGACAGUUCCACCUGCAGGUCAGGAUCAAGCUCAGCAUUCAAAAUUACCCAACGUUACAGUUAAACCUGUAAACCUGGACCUUACCGUAACUCCAGAACUGACUAUGGAUGUUGAAUAUACUGCGGUCUUGCAGAAGACUACAGGUUCUUCUCCAGAGCUCCCCAAUGUGACUUUUCCACCUCCAGACCUGGUUCAGGCUCAACCUCCAAAUUUGACUGGAUUUAGAGUUCCACCCUUGGAUCUGGAACUUACCAUAACUCCUGAAUUGAUAUCAAAGAUUGCACAUUCUACAGCCUUUCAGAAGACCACUUCUCCUCCAAAGCAAGUUACAGUUCAACCUUUGGAUUUGGAACUUACCUUAUCUCCAGAACCCAUCACAGAAGUCCAACGUUCUACAGCCCCGCUGAAGACGACAUCUCCUUCCCCAAAGAAUGCCACAGUUCAGCAUCGGGAUCUAGAGCUUACCACGUCUCCAGAACCCACUGUGGAGGUCAAACAUUCUACAGCCUUGAAGACCACAUCUCCUCCAAAGCAAGUUACAGUUCAGCCUUUAGAUCUAGAGCUUACUGUGUCUCCAAGAAGCCUGCGAAGGUCGAACAUUCUACAGCCCUACAGACCACCACAUCUCCUCCAAAGCAAGUUACAGUUCAGCCUUUGGAUCUAG